AUGGCUCUGUUUCAGGAGAAGCUGACACUUUCCUCAACUUCUUCGUCCUUCCAUUAUCUUCCGAAGAAACUCGUGCCUAAGCCUCGUCGUAGAAUCGCCGUGACGACAAAGUAUCGUUCAGUUUGCAGAGCUUCAUGGCAAGAGCUCGCCGGUGUUUUGGUUUUCUCGGCGAUUCCGUUCACGGCGGUUAAAGCAAUCGCGAAUAGUUCGUUAGGAGAAUCUCUGCGGCGGAGAUUGGAAGAGAGAAAGAAAGAAGCCGUAGAGAAUUCUUCCAGAUUCAAAGCUAAAGCUCAAAAGGCUAGAAACGACAGCAAGUGGUAUGGAGAAGAACGUCCACGUUGGUUUGGUCCAAUCCCAUAUGAUUAUCCUCCAUACCUUACAGGAGAACUUCCUGGUGACUAUGGUUUCGACAUUGCUGGACUUGGACAGGACCGUUCGUCCUUUGAUAAGUACUUCAACUUUGAGAUACUUCAUGCUCGUUGGGCCAUGCUUGCAGCGUUAGGUGCUCUUGUCCCUGAAAUAUUAGAUCUCACUGGAGCUUUUCAUUUUGUUGAACCCGUUUGGUGGCGUGUCGGUUACUCAAAGCUUCAGGGAGAGACGUUGGAUUACCUAGGCAUCCCAGGGCUUCACGUAGCUGGAAGCCAAGGUGUCAUUGUAAUUGCAAUUUGCCAAGCACUCUUAAUGGUAGGACCGGAAUACGCAAGAUACUGUGGUAUUGAGGCAUUAGAGCCACUGGGGAUAUACUUGCCAGGGGAUAUAAAUUAUCCAGGAGGUGCGCUUUUUGAUCCUUUGAGACUCUCGGAGGAUCCUGUGGCUUUUGAAGAUCUUAAGGUUAAAGAGAUUAAAAACGGACGACUAGCGAUGGUGGCGUGGCUUGGGUUCUAUGCACAGGCUGCUCUCACUGGUAAAGGUCCUGUACAGAAUCUUGUUGACCAUGUCUCUGAUCCAUUACAUAACAAUCUGCUUUCCACGCUUCAUACAUGA